AUGGGGGUCUAUGUGGUAGCAAGUGGAUGUCCAGUAGAAGCAAACAUGAGAGCCGACGAAGACCAGGGAUGGGCCCAAGGUCAGAAUCUCAGCCCCAAAUGGGCAAGUCUGCCAACCGGUGAAUUGGCGGUAAAUGUAAUACACAGUGGGAUAAAGCAGGGUAGACAGGGUUGUCCGCUGCGCAGUCCAAGUGAUGCCACGUCACCACCCAAUCUUCAUCGAGCAAGUCUCAGCCACUCGGAUGAAGUUCACAAACAAGCAAGGGAUAGUGGUACAAAUAUGGGUAUGGUAUCCAGGAAUGCUGAAUUGACAAAGGAGAGGCAGGAAAAGAAAAAGAGAAGGUAA